CGUGUACGUUGACAUGGCAGUUGGCUUGGAGCCCGCAGCUCCUCUCUUCCUCGCCUCUUCCACCCUCACCAUCCCGUUCUUCUCUCCCCGCUCUCUCUCUCUCUCUCUCUCUCUCUCUCUCUCGCCCUUUGGCAAGAAAUCAUGGUGGGAUAAUAACAAGAGCUAGCUAGGGUUUGGUUAAGGAACGAAGCUUCGAUUUUUGUUCGCCGGUCUUCUUAAAUGUUUUUCAGUUGAAGUUGUUUGUUUACUGGCUAAUUCCCUGAGAAGCGCCCUGAGGCGAUUGCAAGCUAUGGUGUUUUUUUCUGGAAAUUUGGUACUGGAAAUUUAAGCUUAUUGGGAGAAAUACAGCUGCAUCAUAUAAUAAUAAGAACUGUAGUAAUAAACCAAAGACCGCAGCUCCUCUUCUACUAACUUCUAUGGGUGCUAACGAGGCUAUUGCACCUUCCAAAUCUGAGAGGUCGCCUUCAGUACCGGAACAACCUUCAGUCCGUUCAUUUCCUGAUUGGGGAUCCAUGCAGGCAUACUAUGGUCCUGGAAUUCCAAUCCCAGCUCCUUUUUUCGGUUCGCCGGUAGCUCCUGGUCAUGCUCCAUACCCCUACAUGUGGAGUCCUCAGCCCAUGUUGACACCUUUUGGUGGACCAUACACAGCAAUCUACCCUCAUGGAGGAGUUUACUCUCAUCCCUCAGCUACCCAUAUAUCAUCUCCUGCGAACCAGGAAGUGUCUGUCAAUCCCUCAACUAAUAAAGAGAGAAGCACAGCUAAAAAGAUUAAAGGGAUUGAUGUGCCUGUAGCGUCCAAUGGAAAUUAUGAUGCCAGUGCAGGCUGUAAUGAAAACAGAUCAGAGAGCGACGAAAAUGAAGAUGAAGGUUCAAGUGAAGGAAGUGCUGGGAAUAGUGAAUCAGGAGGAAGUGAGAAGCAAAGAAAUAGAAGCUCUGAAGAUAAAUCAAAUUCAGGUGGCAAGAAUCUUGAUAUACAAGCUAAUACUGUUACUGGGGCAACAACAGAUGUACUUCCAACUAUUUCAUUAGGGAUGACCACAAGCCCUGGGGCUGUUGCUCCUAUUCCUUUGGCCAAUCUGACUCCAGGAAUGGAUUUUAGGUCUUCUACUGUCAGUAAACAGAAGCCUGGAAGUGAACUAAUUUUAUCAACUAACGCUAUGGAUGAGAGGGCAUUGAAGCGGGAGAAGAGGAAGCAAUCCAACAGAGAAUCUGCAAGAAGAUCUAGAUUAAGGAAGCAGGCUGAAACAGAAGAACUAGCCACCAGAGUUGGAAGUCUUAGUGCGGAGAAUACUAACCUCAUAUCUGAAAUUACUCGGCUGACUGAAAGCUCUGAAAAACUUAGAAUAGAAAACUCUGUUCUAAUGGAGAAACUGAAGAUGGCUGAACUAAGACAGGAAGAAGAGCUUUCCUCUGAUAGAAUAUACGAUGAAGAAGCUCCAUCUAUGGUGAUAGAGAAUCUUUUGUCCAGGAUGGACAGCUCCAGCAACAUUGAGGAGGAAACUCUUGAGAAUUCCAAUGGAAAACUGCAUCAGCUACUUGAUUCAAAACCUAGAACCGAUGCUGUCGCUGCAAGCUGACCACAGUUAUUUAAUCAACAACUGGAUCUGGGUAUGAUGAUGAACAACUCAUCCUAAAAUUAGUUCUAACUUUUAACCAAUUUGUAGGUCAUUGAUCAAAGCAGACAAAGGGACUGAUCAAGUUGGUUUAAUUUCUUCUCUUUUAUAAAAUAAAAAGAGAAAAAAUAAAAGCUGAAGUUGUAAGAUCCAUCAUGGUGUUUAUCUUUUUGAAACCCAUGUUGUUCGUGACCCAUAACAACAGGUCCUGCUGAUGUAUACUGAACUUGUAAGAAAGCUUGUAAUGAACUAGAACUGAACUCAAUCGUCAUGAACAUGGUAAAGAGUGAUAUAUGUACAUCAUUUUUAGGUCGGUAAAUUUUAAAAAACAUUUUAUAUAUGAAUUUUAUUUGAGAAGUGGGAAAUGGCAUUGGCAAAGUAUUUUGAUGUU